AUGGACUGGGUAUUGGUCUCAGGGAACAUCGAAUAUGCCGUGGUGGGCGUCGGGCAGCGGGAGCGCGUCGAGCACACCGACUCCGGCACCUUUGCCAGCGCCAACAACCUUACCGUCGUGGCCACCUAUGCCUCCGCCCGUGAUAGCCUCCUUCACCUUGUCAGGGGCUUUUUGUCCUUUGCUUUGGUGGAUGGCGUCGAUGGUGGCAUCCACGUCGAUGUUGUUCUCGCGGAGCUUCUUCUGGAGCUGGGAGAGGAGGACGCUCUCGGCGAUGUUGCGGGUCAAAAUCAUGCCGGUGAACUUGCCGUGGGAAAGUCCUCGAAGUCCAAAUUCCUCCAUGCCAUGUCUGCAAAGAUGUGCAACGGUGACAUCGCGGACGUCCAUGCCUGCAAGUCCUUUGGCACGGCUCCAAGCUGUUGGCUCUAUUGUCCUCUUCAAGGUUGCUUUGAAUACAAGGUUCGUAUCAUAGUGGAGCAGACCGCCAAGUACAAACAGCGCCUACGCAGUGCAGGCAUCGACGUCACCCCCCAGAAGUCCCUCCCACUGCAAAAUGAGCCAAUUGACGGCCCAGAAGCAACGGCGGCACCACCAAAGCGCAGACGCCUCACAAAGGGAGCCAUCAAGCAGCGCAACGAGGAUAUCCUCGCCGAGCCCCACAACGUGAUCCGUGCCAGUGGACAAGAGCCUCCGACAAGUAUGACAUCAAUUGCAACUUGGGUCACCAACCUCAAGAAGAGCCUCCCCCGAGAAAAGCAUGCGGAAGUGGAUAAUCACAUACAGUCCGUGCAGACCAUCCUCGAAGGCGCCAAAUACACCAAGGCCGAGCUACAGGAGAUGGCUACGCGAUGGGGACUUCCCAUGUCCCUCACUACAGCGCCAAAGGCUUCGCCCAAGAACCUUCAGCAGCUGAUCGCCGCCGUCACCUACCUCGCCGUGUGA